AUGGGGGAAGAAAAAGAAGAGAGCGUCGCUAGUCUUACCCAAACAACGCGGGCGGGAGUCACGAACCAGAAAGCGACUGCCAAGUUCUGAGGGUGGGGGCGUGGCUGAGUGGCUCGCGCGGGAGACGGCGCGAGAAGAGAAGCUCGACACUCUGUUUCGCCGGCCAUUACCCCUGCCGCGGCGUUGGUCGGGCGGGCUCAUUUCUCUUUCGCCGGGUGACUGGAGAUUGGCGAGGCAUCCCUUCCUUCUCCUCUCUUCACCCGGGCGCGCGCCGCCUCGUUGGCCUUUGGCGCUUCGCGGGCAGCAGAACCGCCUCUCCCUCGCGGCGCGCGCCUGUGAGGUAACUUCGUAACGUGUGCACGCGACCCACGCGCGAAACUGCCUCCUCGCUUCUGCCCUCCGCCGGCUGGGAGCGCGGAGCUCUGGCCCUCGGUGGCGACUUGGGAAUGGAGAUUCGUCUCCAAGGUCGGCCCUUAGAAAGCAGCACCUUGCCAGGGGGAAACAACAGCGCCCUUUACUUCCAUGCUCUGAAAAGCUUCCUCUCCUCCUCUUCCUCGAGGGACAGGAGCCACUGUCAGUCGGAGGCGGCAAAUUCCAGCUCGAUGGUGGCCAGAGGCCAUUUGCUGCAAGCUACCCUUUUUUAACAGGGGGAAACGUUGGCGACCUUUUGCCUGCCCUGCUUGCAGCAAUUCAGCCUGUGUUUUAUAGCUUUUUGCAGCCCAGUUCUGUGUUGCACUUACUUGUUUGGAAGCAAAGCGCCACCGUUCAGUUCACUCCCAAGCAGCUUGUGCUUCUGAUUUUACAGAUACUUGUUUUAGCAAAGCAUUUCUUUGUUGUGCUUAACUCUGGAUGUGUUUUUGAAUUAACACUCUUCUGUUACCACCUGCCCCUUUCACCUGAGGCCUUUUAACUGCUUGCAGCUGUAAACCUUGCAGCUUAAAAGUUUUUGUCGUAUUGCACCCACAUCAGUUAUUUGUCGAAGGCAGUGUAUCCCAAAUUUGGGUCUCCAGCUGGUGUUGAGUUACAACUCCCAUGAUCCCUAGCUGUCGGGACCAGUUGUCAGGGAUGAUGGAGGUUAUAGUCCAAAAACAGCUGGCAAACCCAAGUUUGGGGAAACGCUGGUCUAAGGCUUCUUAUACCACCUUUCGCAGAAGUUUUUGGGAUAGUCUUGCGAUACAACCACCACCAUGAAACGAGCAGUUAAAAGCAGCAGGAAAGCUAGGUUUAUUUAAAUUUAUUUAAAGCAUGCAUAUUAGGCAUAUAGCAUACAUAUGUAGACAUACAUGGCCUACAUGGGAAAAGGAUACUCAACAGCCCAUUCUUCAAUAUUUAUACAUUGCAUGGGUGUGUUAAGCAUCUCAUUGAAACAAACCUGGAUAACAUAACAUCUGAGGCGACAUUUUUUCUUUUUUGUGUUACAAUCAGGCGUAAUUAUUAUUGCAAUAUAAAGUACUACUUAAGAGCUUCAAAAAUAGAGACUUCAGCAACAGCCAUAUGUGUACAUACCUAGAAUUAUGCCCAAAUGAACAAAGUCAGACUGAAUAAAAAAGAAUAGGGAGGGGGGGUGACUUUGUAAGGAACAACAAGAUACUCAAGUUGAGUAGCACAAAUCUACCGUAUGUAGCUCAAUAGCUAUCUUGCAUUUGUUUUAAAAAGAUGCUGAGUUUCACAAGCAGUAAUAAGUUGCUUACAUUUAUAAAUUUGCUUUUAAACAUGUAGCUGUCACUCAGAAAACCUUGGAGCAAUACACAUCUUUGUGAGAAACUUUACAAAACCUUUUAUGUUUAUAGCAGGGGUGGAGAAUAAAAUCUGUCUGGUGGCCCAGAUGGGUGGGGGGACUGCCCAUCUGUCAGUCACCUGGCAUAAUCAUUGCCCCUCAGCCUGAUCCUGUUUCCCACCCUUCUCCACACAUUAAAUUCAAACAAUCUGAUGUGGAGAAGUAUGCCUUGCCUCUCCAGGUGUUGAACCUUCGCCAGUGUUUACCAGUCUCUAGAAGUGGCUCAACUUUCUUAUCUGAGAUCUUUGCAUUUCCCUCAUGUGUGCUCACAAGUUGACCUUUCCAACUUAAGCUUUCUGGGGGGAGAUAUUAAAUGAGUGAGUUUUAUUUUAAAAAAUAAUGUAAGUAUGUUUUUGGGUAUAUUUUUAAUUGGGUUUUAGCCUACAUUAUUAAAUCAGCCCUUGAGGCAGGCAUACAGAGGAUACACACAUCAGAAUCUUUCACCCUGGAUCUUUUUUUCUCUAAAAUGGCUUUCAUCACUUUCAAUAGUUCCACCAGAAGAUUAACCCAUUAGUACCUGGAUGGCUAAUAUUUCGUAACUCUAUGUUUGAUGCUCUAAAAGAGAGCAGGGCACAAAUACAGCAAAAAAAUUGCAAACAAGCUUUUUAUGUAGAAAGGCCCAUAUAAUUGGUAUGGCUUUUGGCUUUAUAUCAAUGUAAUCUGCAACAAUGUAAUCCCUUUGUUAUCGGAAACAAUCCACAUACUUUACUAAAGGACUUGCAAAAUCCAGAUAGCAAGCGAGUAAUAACUCUGGUUUGUUAUCUUGCAAUUUAUCUUUCAUUUAUAAGGUGCUUAAGGUGCUUGAUAUGUGGCCUACAAAUUUAUUGAAGUGACAGCUAUUCCCUGCAUACUUAAAGUAAACUGUGUAAAUCUUCACCUUUCCUUUUCUCAAUUGUCAGACACAUCUCACAUUUUGCAGUCACCUAGAGACAGAUUGGACAUGGUGAUGAAUUACUGUGGUAUAACCUUUAUUUUGCUUACUUUUUUAGCUGCCCUAAAGGAUGUGAUUUCAGGAUGGAGGCAUUGCUAGAAAGAAUACAGGGCAGGUAUGUGUAUACUAGUACUAGUUAUUAAUGGCAUUAUUCAGAUGCAUACAUUACACAAAUGCAUAGAUUACACUGAACCUGGAAGAUGGGUUUGCACAUGUGCUUCACAUGUCAGUUUCUUCUCAGUCCCAGAUAUGAUAGUUACUUCCACAAUAAUUGCGUUCACAGCUCCUGUUUUGCUAGCAUUAUGUGAAAGAAUUGUGCUCUUCUCUGGUGGGUAUUACCAUUUUGACAGAAAAAUAGCAGCUACAGCUUCCAGAAUGUGCUUAUGAAGCUGCUCUUCCUGAAAUCCUCUAGAACAGGGGGGCCCAACCAGUCAACCGCGAUCGACAGGUCGACCCCUGGGUGAUCGUGGUUGAUCGCAGGAUCCUUACCGCUCACGUUGUUUAGAAUCAUGUCUCUGCCCCCCUGCCCCCUUGGUCUUUCGCUGCGUCACGUUUAGUAACAACUUUGGUCUGCCCCCCCCCCGGUAGAUCACUGCCAGUUUUUCCCCCUGGGAGUAGAUUGCAUCUCCUGGGAGCUGGACAUCCCUGCUCUAGAACAUAUUUUCCUCUUUGAUCUUGUUGUUUUCAUUAAAGGGACAGUGUAUCUGUGUUUCUUCAGCUUUCUUACACAGAACUUGACACCCUAAGAAUCUUGGUUUUUUAUUAUUGAACAAACAUAUUUUCCUUAUGUGUCAGUCAUGUCUUUGGAAGGGUCAGAAACUGCAAAGAUGUAACCCAUGUUUUCAGGAGAUCAGGCUGUUGUCCAGCAAUCCCUCACAAAGCAUCGGUCCUAUUUUUACCUUGCUUAAUUAUCAUUCCCAUUUACCCACAGCCACCUCAGUUGUCACUAAAAUAACACAAGUCUUUGAUAGCCCAAUUCUUAAAAACAGAUUAAAUUGUGCAAAUGGAUGUGCAGAUCUCCAUGAUUUCCAUUACAUAACAAAUAUAACAAAUACAUUUAAUAUUUUUACUGUAGAGUAGUUUACAGACCUUUAACAUAAACCUUGAAAUUAAUUAGCAUAUACUGGGAAAUCUACUCGUAGUUAGGAUGCAGUCUGUAAAAUGAAAGAUGUAAACAUAGACAUAUUUGAAACAAACAAAGCAGACCUAUAGUGAAACAUGAUUUAAAAUACUCAGCACUUUCAUAAUGUAUCAACAAUGUGUGAAAACAAGUUGCCAAGUUCUAAAUGUUAGUGCCACUCCUGUUUUUAACAUUUGAUAUUUUGGGGUUUGGGGGAUGGCUAGGAGGGGCUUGCAUAUUUGUGUGUGUGUGUCCAAUGCUACAGCGCCGUGGAGCUUCCUUUCUUGGCCAAGCUGUGAUUGGCCUCAUUAAGGAAAAAGCAACUUCUUACACCCUAAGGUAAAAUCCCCAAUUCUGAGCAUCACUGUGGCUUAUUCUCUGGUCUCCUGGCACAACAAAGUGAAGUUUUAAAACCACAAAGUUAGUGUCUUUAGAAUUUUUGCCUCUAUAGAAAAGCUGCCAAGUUGCAAAAAUAUUUGGACAUUCUUGGGAAAAUGAGGCAUUUCAAACUCCACUUAACACUUCCUUGUUGUUGUGCUUAGGAUUUGGAGUGGACCACAAAGUCCAAGCCUGAUAAAUUCAAAUUAGCUGAAGCCCUUCUGGUCACUUUCAUUUUUAAAAAAUAAUAUGACCCCUGGUGUUAUGCAGCUUCCCCGCUUUUAUCCUUGUGAGUGUAUUGUGGGCAAUCAUUGUAUGCUCAAGUUACAUUGCAUUGCCCCGUUACAUGCUCUCUGUUAGUGCUUUUGGCUGGAGGAACCCAUCCCUUAGCAUGGCAAUAAAAGGAUCCAGGAGAAGAGAUGUCUUUGGAAGUAUUACCAUUGCCUGAUUAUUAUGGUGUGUAUGAGAGAGUGAGAGAAGCAAAGAAAGCUUUGCUUACCUGGUAUCUCUCUCCGGUAUUUGCUCCAUGAUUAAAGCAACCGUGCAUGGUUUAACAUGGAAAAACAGCAUUCAAAUAAGGGAUGAGGAUAAUGUAUUUAUUUUUAAUAGAAGUUUCCAGACUUCAUGUGAAGCAGAACUACAGGAGCUGAUGAAGCAGAUAGACAUAAUGGUGGCUCAUAAGAAAGCUGAAUGGGAAACUCAAACCCGGGCACUAGAAUCCUGCUUGGAUGUGCGAGAGCAGGAACUGUCCUCUCUCAGGAAUGCAUUGGAUGAGAAAUGUAAAGAGGUACUUUUAUAGCUUUGGUGCUAUGUGUACUUGUCUAUGCUUUCCUUUCUGAAAUUUCACUGUAGGCUGUUGCACUGCAUCAAGUUGUACCCCCUCUCAUCUUUCCUAUAUCCUUUUAUCAGUUUAUGAAUGCUGAAUCAAAAAUCCUGAAAGACUAGCAUUACAACUUCAGCGUAGAAAAGGAGUAAAAUAUUCCAGUUCUAAAAAAAUCUGGAGAAAAUAAAAUGUAUUCACCUGGCUCCAAAGGUGAUGUUGGGCUUGGCAUCAGUAGAGCCUCAUUGAGGGAGAGAAUUCCAUAAUGGCACCAUCAGCCCAGGAAAGGCUAUAUCCAUGGCCACUACCUAUCUCACUUCUGGGCUGGGGCAGGCGUGGGGAGACCUCACAGCAAGAUCUUUGAGCUUAAUGCUGAGGCAGAUUCAUGUUGAAGAAGAUAAUCCCUCAGGCACUCUGGUCCGAAGGUGUUUUGGGCUUUAAAAACUUUAUACUGUGCUCAGAAACAGACUGAUAGCCAGUGUUUUUCCAGAACUAAUGAUUGGCCUCAGUCAAUAUCUUUUCCACAAACUUUUGCAUGAAGUAACAUUUCUUCAGCCUUCAACGACAAUCUUAAGUACAACUCAUUACACAAGUCUAAAAGAGGCUACCAGAGUGUGAAUAACUAUAGCCACGUUAUAUGCACAUGAAGCCCCGUAGCACAGUGUAAUAACACAAUUGUGGGGCAGAGCAAUAUUUUACUGCAUCACUUUCUUGAAUGAAACUACUGAAGAACAGCAACCCAAAUUCCCAUUUGGGACAACUGAACCUGAAGGAUACCAUGCUUGAGGUAUCUAAAGCUGCUGAAUAUUCCAGGAGAGUUGGAAGGUUUGCCUUGUCCUUCUCCCAGGAUAGGAACCAAGCCUUCUCAUUUUGUUUAACAUAAUAUAUUAUAUUCCAGAUAUCGGUUUAAAUUUUACUUUCCACUUUAGAAUGUGACACGGCAUCUUGGAUUUAUUCUGCAGUUGUUUCAUUGUUACUGUGUAUAGCUGGCACAGACAGUGUGCAUUCUUUUUCGAGUUCCUUAUUGUGGCAGGCUAUUAAUCUCACUUCUGAAUAGGCUAAUUAUAGGCUUAUUAAAAUGUAAUGAAGGCCUCCCUUUGGGAGCACAAACAAUUUCUAGGAGCAGCACAAGCUUGUUCUGACACUAUUUCCAAACCUCACACUGUGUCUACCUUGGCUCAAGAGAGAAAGUAUAACCUGUGUUCCAUUUUCCAAUCAAUGUUAAUGUGGGCAGAUGUGCUACCCUCCUCAGUUUUGUAGAUUGUUGCUGUUUUGGGAGGGAAAUGGAGUUGCUUUGCAGGUGUUCUUGCUCCUCUCUCCACCUUGGGAAUUUAGAACAUGCCAGGGGCAAAAGAGACACUUGCUCUAUCCCAUUUCAUUGAUCAGCCAAAUCAGUGGUCUUCUGUUUUCCUUGUUACACUUGGGUAGACUCAACCACUUAUUUGUGGUGGAGAGAUCGUUGUAGCAAAGUUUGAGGAAAAUAACGUGUAGAGAACCCUUCCUUAAUUGUGCUGUACAGGAUGAUUUUCACAGUUUCUUCACUUUAGUGACUUUUUCCAUUGUCCCAUAAAAGUUGGAAAAUAAAAGGAGAGGGUUUCUGUUGUUGGUCAAAUGACAUUUGGUGGCUUUCAGAUUGAAAGGCUGUGUCAGCGACUAGAAGGGAUGGAACAACUGAAUCGUGAUAUGACUAUGGAAUAUGAACAGCAGUUACGAAAAGUCCAGGAAGAGGUGAGCCUCCUCAAGUCCAGCUUUUAUUUUAUAUUGUAGGUUACUGUAUGAUAUUGCCAUGUCUAUAAUCUUGUCAUCUCAUAUAUAUAUAUAUAUAUAUAUAUAUAUAUAUAUAUAUAUUAUGAUGCAGUUCACAUGAAAGUGCAAAAACAAGAACCUGAAUCAUGCAUAUGUCAAUUCUUCCUAAAACCUUUUAACAUCCCCUUUUUAACUUGUGGAAUUUGCAGUGAUUGCUGUUUUGCCUAUUUAAUGGAUGCAAACAUUCAGCAGUUAUGUUAUUGCAAUGGGCACAAAAAGUGCAGUUUAUUUUCUACAUAAUCACUGUGGGUUUUAACAUGGAUGUAAACAUAAAAAGGUUUUGCUUCACGAAAUGUUUGCAGUCUUUCCCUCUAUGGCGUACUUUUAUUUCCAGGAAUUUAGAGAAAGUUUAAUUUAAAGUAAGUACUUGAUUGUUUUUAGUUCAACGAAGUCAAGCGGUAUUAAUAAGAGAACAGUUCACAUACAGCUGAGUAUUUCCACUCAUUAUUGGGAAAUUGUCGAUGGCGUACAUCAAGAGUGGGGGAACCUGGAGCUCUCCAGCUGUUGCUGGAGUCCAAAUCCCAUCAUCCUUGACCAUUGGCAAUGCUGAUGGGAAUUGGAAUAACAUCUGUAGGGCCAAUGUUUUCCUAUCCACAUCAUAUGUGUACCUUGAUUUGUUCCUUGUUUUACUCCACUGGGAGAUCUCAAAUAGCUUUACUUCUCUACUAUCUAUAGAACACUCGUUAAGCCCAGCAUUUUCAAAUAUCUAGUUCAUUUAUAUCAUGUAGUCUUUUCACUUACAUAUAUAAAAAAUCUCAUACCCUUCCAUUCCUUUUCAUAAUCUGUGUUAGCCCUUUGGUUAGCUGACCCUUAAGAAAAACCACCUUAUUGAAUAUCUUUAAGAGCUGAGUUUAACAAGCUAUGUUAAUUAACUCUAAAGCCUAGGCUCAUUUUGGCAUCUUUUCUUGCUAAUAGAUAAAAACAUUUUGCCUUCUAAGCUCCACUUCUUUUUGCUGGUGGUAGUACAGUGGGCGCUCGGGUUGCGAACGUGAUCCAUGCGGGAGGCACGUUUGCAACCCGCAGCUCUGAGUCUGCACACGUGCAGGUUGCGAUUCGGCAUUUCUGCACAUGCGCAAAGCGUGAUUUAGCGCAUGUGUGAGUGCUGAAACCCAGAAGUAACCCAUUCCGGUACUUUCGGGUUUGGCGUGGUACGCAACUCAAAAACGUGCAACCUGAAGCGUCUGUAACCCGAGGUAUGACUGUAUAUCGUUCUAAUGGCUGUUGAGCUGCCUUUGCAAAGUCAGUUGGUAGCUUCAAUUUGUUUGGGUGUGUUGGGGGCACCUCAGCUCAGAGUAUUAAGUUCGAAUCUUGCUUUCCCUGUGCUAAUGGUUCCUUCAAACCACAGUUGUGUGGGGUGGACUGCUUAUAUUACAGCAGCUUCUCUGUGCAUUAUUCUCAUGGGGAAUUUGUGUCAGUUUUCUUCCUGGGGCCUUGUCCUAUAUGUUUCCUUGCUGUUUUCAGUGAAGUUUACUUCAAGUAAGUGUGUAUAUGGUUGCAGCCAAAAUCUGAUUUUAAAAAAAUAUUCUGUAAGAAAAUAAGGAACAAAGGGCUUGCUGUACUGCAGCUAUUUCACUAUAAGGAGUUGGGUGCUGUGACAGCUUUUCAUGUUUGGCCUUCGCUUUUGUCCUCCUUUCUUCUUUCUUGUCAGCUGCUUGAAGUUAAAUGCCAUAUGAGACUUGUAAUGCAUUAACCUUUUUCUCUGGAGAGUUGGUUCAAGUGCGGCCUACUGUAGGCCAUAAAUAAAAUUAAUUUUGUGCUGUUGCUUUAGCAAUCUGAAGACAUCUGUCUACAUUUUUAGAAGUCUUUUCAUUCCAGCAUGAGUAAUGGUGCUUGUUUAGGAGAUUCCCCUAUGGGGAUAGUAAGGAUUCUGCCAAGCAAGAUUGAGGUGCAGUGGCAGAUAUUUGCAAAGGUUGGAAGCUAGACUGGCAGCAGUAUGGGGGCAGUCAGGAGGGCUGAAGAGUGUUAGCAAUUCAGUAAGUAUAGCAGAAGGCAGUCUAGUACAGCAAUUCAGUAAGUACAGCAGAAGGCAGUCUAGUACAGCAAUUCAGUAAGUAUAGCAGAAGGCAGUCUAGUACAGCAAUUCAGUAAGUACAGUGGUGCCUCGCAAGACGAAAUUAAUCCGUUCCGCAAGAGUCUUCGUCUAGCGGUUUUUUCGUCUUGCGAAGCAAGCCCAUUGACGGAUUAGCGCUAUUAGCGCUAUCAGCUGUUUAGCGGCUAUUAAAGGCUUAAAGGCUUAGGGGAUUAGCUGCUAAAAGGCUAUUAAAGGCUAUUAAAGGCUUAGCAGAUUAGAUAAAGGGGGAAAAGCGAAAAAAAUCUAAAGACUCGCAAGGUAUUUUCGUCUUGCGAAGCAAGCCCAUAGGGGAAUUCGUCCUGCGAAGCAACUUCAAAACGGAAAACCCUUUCGUCUAGCGGUUUUUCCGUCUUGCGAGGCAUUCGUCUUGCGGGGCACCACUGUACAGCAGAAGGCACACACUAGCACUAGAGUGUGUAGUGUCACAAUUUUUACUCUUAAGUGGUGCCCCCUUUUAAGAGUAGUGGUACUGCUAUCUGGAAUAUCCACAUUUGAAUUAUAAAAUUACUGUAGUUUUAAGCACUUGGUCCACAACUAAAAAUAUCCCUCUCAAUACAUGCAGCUUUACUAAGAGACUGACUUGACUGACUCUUAGUGCAGAUCCAAGUCAUCAAACCUGAGCACCCACAUCUGCCGCCUGCCAUGACCCACUGUUGGCAUUAUUGGCAGCACCAGCAGCAGAUACGCUCUGUACUUAUAAUAAUAAUUUAUUAUCUUGCUAAUUAUGCUGUUUUAAAUGUGCACCUUGUAUUUGACUUCCUUUAAUAAUGUUUUCUUUUAAUGUUUAAGAUAAUGUUGUUAACCUUGCGGCGUUAAAUGUACAUUCUGUAGUUUACCUCCUUCGUAAUGCUUUAUUUUGAAAUCUUUAAGACAAUAUUUUAGUUUCCUGUUACUUAUGUUGCUUUGAGUUUAUACAUUAUAUUUCACUUUCUUCAGUAAUGUUUUAUUCUGGAUUGUUUGAUUUGGUGUUUUAAUGUCAGUUGUAAACUGCGAGAUUUUUUUCUAAAAAAUAUAAAUAGGUAUGGAAAUGAAAAUAAUAAUAGUAGUAGUAGCUUAAUCUUUACUGCAAACUGUCUGUUCUCUUUACAGCAUUUCCAGAGUUGUUCUAGACUGCCUUAAAUCAAGAUUCCUAUUUUAAAUGUAUACUUUUUCUGAAUAAGUAUGCAUCCCAUGGAUGCUAUAACAGUUAAAACACUGAUAGCUCAUAGUUCCCUGCCAGUUCUCUCCCCACUUCUUUACAAUUGCUUCAUCAUAUUUUCUGAUCUAUCAUAACUUCAGUCUACUUUCUGUUCUCUCUUUCCCCCUUCUUUAUUUUCUGCUUUGCGGUCUUUUAUUAUUUUGUGAGUUGUCGGUUUGGAGGGAGUUAGAAUAGGGAUUUAAUGGGAAUAUUUACUUUUGUGGGUUGUAUUAUUUUUAUCCUUCCUCCAUUUGUUGUAAUAAUGAAGUGUCCAAAUAAAAAAUAGAAAAUCCAUAAUAAAAAUGUAUCCUACAAAGUUGCAAUAUUGCUUCAGAAAACCUGUGUUCCUCUACAGCACCAAUCACAAUGCUGUGAAUUGCCUUGCUUUUCAUACAGCUAGCUAGGCUGAAGAGAAGCUAUGAGAAACUGCUGAAGAAACAACUGAAAGAAGCAAGGAAAUUACCCUCCAGGAGCCAAGAGGAGGACCAAUCUGAAGUAAGCAUCCUGACUAAGAAGUUAGAGGUAAGUGGAUAAAAUGCAGCCCUGGUCCAGAUUUCAUAAAUUCAGAGCUAUGGAACUCAGUGGGGCUUACUUCUGAGUAGAUAUGAAUUGGCCUUUAGUUUCUUUUCUCUAGUGCUUUCUGAGCAAGUAUGUUUUCAGCUGUUUUUUAUAUACAUUUGCAUGGUCUCUUUGGAAUCUGAUGUACAAGCACUGGCAAGCACAAUAUUCAUCAGAUUUCUGAGAAAGUGUGGAAGAAUAAGUGCUUUAUUUUUGUUCAGUAUGCUUUCCCCAUUUGUGGUUAAAGAGCACAACUGUACAUUAUACAGAAGCAAGAAACCAGCCUGAACCAUGACAGGUUUGAUAAAAAUCAGUGAUUUCCUUUGAACAUAUUAUUUUUAAACUGAUAAUUUAAACAUUGAAAUUGGAUUUAUUUUAAAGUAAAAAUCUGAUUUGAAACAAAGCUGAAGACCCUUGGACUCAAGGAAUUUGUUCCAUGAUUCUUUGGAUUCUAGCUUUAGACUUGAAGCAAGCUAUUUGCUUAGUGUCUUUGUAUAUGUACAGGGAGCUUCAAAAGUAUGUUGAUUAAUUUUUCAAUUAUUCUCUUGCCCCUAUAGAAGUAAAAAAAAAUAUGCAUCUGGACUGCAUAACUAAAUGCAUUUGAUUAUACACAGGUAUAUUUAAUUGCAAAUUAAAUAUUUAAGGUAUUAAAUUAGAUACUUAAUUAUUUAAGGAAGUGGGUCCCAAUUAGCUAAGUACUGCAGACCUGUUUUUCAAAAGCCAAGUCAGGGGCCCCCUACUUUUGAAAAUUUCGCUAUCUCUAUGGUAGUUUUUGUUAUGUGAAUGGUGCCAUGGACCCCCUCGGUGGGUCUGUGAACCCCCAAUUGUGAACCACUGAUUUAAGGUAUAUUUAAUUGUUUGAAAAGAAAUAUGGCCUAAUUGUUCAAUCAGUUAGCAGUCACACUUUGGGUAGUGUAUGUUGUACCCCCUGAUUAGCUAUGCAGACCAGGACAGUGUGGAGCAUCUUGGCUGGUCUCAGGCACUCUAACCUCCCUUUCUAGAUUUGGACCUGAAAGGCCAAGGAAAAGUGUGAGUGCAUGGAGGGCAAGGUGUAAGGAAGCACAAUUUGUAACAUUGCACAGCUUCAUUGCUGAUCACAGGGCAAUGCAUGGGGCAAUGUCUGCUGUUAAGGCGGCUUUAGAUUUCUCAGUUUUGUGGAUCUUGAGCCAAUAUGAGAGAGUCUUAAUUCUGAUCUUAAGCCAGCAGGUUCUUUGAUCAAUGAAUAUGUAAUAAGUUGCAAAAAUAUUUAGAAAUGUUUUUGUAUUUGCUACCUUAUUACUGUAAUAUUUAGCAGAGGUGUGUUUGUGUGAGUAUAUGAGAGAAACAGGCACCUUAUGUUGCAUUUUAUUCUUGGAAUUGAACUUUGCGUAUUUCCAGUAUGUACAGGAAUGUAUCAAUAUAGUUCUAUUGUUGGGGUCCAAGAAACUUUGCAGGGGGUCUUUGUAAUUUGCAUUCAUGACACAUACUGGUACAUAAUGCUUGUGCAUUCAAUCUCUGUGUGUCUACCUCCCUCCCUCCCUCUCUCUCUCUCUCUGUAUGCACGUGCUUUUUUCAGAUAGCCACAUUCCAGAACUAAACCCAUGCUACUGUGAGUUGAGCAGUGAUGGAGUCAGAAUGCUUCCUAUGUCUCCCACUAGAUACAGCCUUGAAAACAUAAAUGCUGCUUAGGGAGUUAAUUAUUUUAAUUAAAAAAUAUUAAAUUGGCACAGUUACAGAUGUAUACCAUUGCCUUUAUACAUAUGAAAUCUCUGGUGUUCUGUAUGAAAAGAGUGUGUGAGGAUGAACCCUGAGGGCAAUUAAGUAAUCUCUGGUAAUGGACAAGGAAAGUGCUUUUCCUGUCGUGGUUUUGAAUGUGCAGGAAUUAAAUAUACUUAUGAAAUCACAGAAAAAUUGAGAUUUCAUCUGAGCUUGUACCAUGGGAUUUAUUGCUUAAUGAGAGAAUUGCAAUUUCUUGUGGAGUAAGUUUGUCCAUCCCUACUAAUUAUGUCAAAAGCAGUAUUUAAUGUACUCAUGCUACACAGCCUCAUCCCACAUAGUGCUUACACAAGAACAAAUUUAUCAUUCAGGGGAUGUGUAGCAUUUUUUCAGAUAAAAUAUAUUUUACCUGGAACAUUUGGAAAAUGUUAUAUAUUUGCAGUAGCAUAAUAACUCGGAGGACUGUGUGACACAGGAUAUGAUAGAAUCAGUUUUUUUAAAAAAAUGUUCAUUAUUUAGAAACCCCUUGAGAGAUAAUGAUGUGUUCUGAUAAACUUAGUUGAAUGUGUAAUGACAGUUCAUUCAAAGACCUGGGGAUGCCUUCUUCCUACUGUUGGCUGGAAGCAUUUUGUAGGGUCUUCCAAGACCACCUUAAUUUUCCUGUCACGAUAAAUUCAGUAUUGUUUUUCAGAUGCUGUAUCUUUUUCUGGACCUAUCAUUAUUGCCACAGUAUACUCGAUGCUUACAACCUAUAUGGUCUCUGUAGCAUGGUCUCUGUGGCAGACACUUUGAAAAACAAAACUCUAAAGAACUCUCAGAUUUAUAAAGGCAUUUGCCCAACAUCUAUACAAGCAAUAACUGGCAUAAAAAAAUAAUGGACUGGAAACCAAAAUAAAAUAUUGUUCUUAUGAAUGGUUGUAUUAGAUUACAGUAAGACCCCAACAUACACAGCGUUACAUUCUGGGGAUCACACCUAAAGCCAAAAUUGUAUAUACAGUGGUACCUCUGGUUACGAACUUAAUUCGUUCCGGAGGUCCAUUCUUAAGCUGAAACUGUUCUUAUCCUGAGGCGCACUUUCGCUAAUGGGGUGUCCCAUUGUGUGCGUGCCUCUGGCGUGCGAUUUCAGUUCGCAUCCUGGGGCAAAGUUCACAACCAGGAGCUGCUACUUCCAAAUUAGCGGAGUUCAUAACCAGAGGUACCACUGCACUCAAAACACAUUGGGUUCAGUGGUGGGUGGGAUUUGCCAAAGUCUCCCUCCCCCACCCGUUGCCCACCCCCUUUUUAUUUGUUUGUUUAUUGCCAAGCACAUAAAGCUGAAUGUGCGUAAGUUAUAUGCAUGUACGUUGCAGGCUUACAGUACUUAAUGAGGUUCUUGACUUGGAUAAGGAUAGGGGCAAGAUAGAAAAUACUGGAUUUGGGAUAGUGGGUAUUUUUCAACCACAUCGAUAGCGAUUACCAAUUGUCUUUACAGGAGUUCCGCCAGAAAUCUCUAGAUUGGGAGAAACAGCGCUUGCACUACCAGCAGCACGUGGCAUCACUGGAAGCACAGCGGAAGGCUUUUUCUGAGCAGUCUGAUCUCAUUCAGGUAGAGUUAACGGAUGAUGAGUUUGCCUUGGAAAGGACUUACUGGCAGACUUCAGAGCCUUAGCACAAUUUAGGUUACCAGUGAAAUGACAAUGAAACUCCUGAUGGAAUAACCUUGUCCUGUUCAAUAUGUAGACAAAGCCAGGAAAUAAUCUGAAAACUGUACAGUGGCUGGAAGGCAAUUGCCUAUCUUUGCUGUCAAGUGCCAGCUGGAGAAAGGCCAUAAAAUGAUUCUGGUUGGGUAAUUGCACAGUGUGAAAGAAUUAAAAUACGAUGUUGUUCAAAACUGUAUAGAUGCCAGACAACAUGCCACCAGGUGUAUGCAACCUGUUUAAAUAAUGAUUUUUAAAAAUGGUGCAUUUCCUAUGUGGCAGGGUAACCAAGGUAGUGUUAAUGCAUAGCUGUGCUGUUUGUGUCUCUUGAAGCAAGCGUGCAGAGCCUCUGCUGUUUCUGAAAAAUUAAUCUGUUCAUUGAGUUAGUGCCGCUGUGGCUUAGUUUAACACCAGGUACCAGCUGUGAAUAAACUUGGUCUGACACAAAACACUGGAGUUGCUGAUAAGAAGCUCUUGCUGGGAGCUUUGCACUUAAUGGACUCCACAGUUGCCACUGAGUGGAAGUUCUGCAUGGCAGAAGUUGGCAGUGACAGGAUUAAGGCUGACACUGAUAGUGGCUUUGUGAAAGAUGCUCACAGAUGUGCUUGGACAAAGUGUAAGCCUUUUGAAGACAAAUACCUUGCUGUCUCUGUGCCUGUGUUUUUGAUGGCUUAGUCUAUUGAAAGCAGAUUUGUUUGGAGCCUUAGCUAGAAGGUCAUAUCAGUGACAGGGCAGCAAAAAAACCCAGGUAGUAGGAUUUUGAUUCUCAAAGCAGUCAAAGGGCAGUAUUCGGUGAAAUAGUUGCAGAUGCACGCAAGGAUUACCACCAGUGCAACAGGACUUCCCACUCUCUCUUGCCACCUGCGCCAUUCUCACAUCUGUUCUUGAGGGUUGAGGGAACUUCUAGAACAGAUCUAGGGGAUGCAGGCGGGAGGAGAGGGGAGAACAUUCCAUUGGCAUAGGGGAAAUCCUUGCACUGACAGAACCCUAGUCUAUAUUUAAUAUAACUCAAAUAAUUCUUAACUGCAGGUAUGCAGUAGUCCUGUUGACAUUGAUUUGGGAAUAAGUUGUAUUAAAAUCCAUAUGACAUACACUUGAGGGUGAAUAGGAUUGCCUCCUUGGAUGCUUAUGAUGUGGGUUUUCCAGGGGAAAAAUAUUUCAUUCAUUCAUAGGCCACCUUUAUCUUCCAAGGAGCUCAAUAACAUGUUAAUUGUACAGGUAUAUGAAUAUCAGAAAAGUUUUUUCUGAAAGCCAAGAAUAGUUGAGAACUGAAACACUUGAUGAGAGAAAGUAAUUAAAGUUCACUUAGAGUGGUUUAUUACAUUCAUAGAGAUUCAGAGCUUUACUUGGAAAUUAUUUUGAUAAGAAUGCUUGUAAAUAUUUUAAGAAGUGAAACUCAAUUACAUACACUUCCCUUACAUUAUUUAGAUUAUAAAGUGGAAAAAUGAAGGCACUCAAAAGCAUUUUGUUAGUUUUAGCAUGCUUGAAAAGCUGUGUGCAUAAAUAUUUUUAAGGGUUUGUUGCCUAAAAAAUAAUUACAAAUUCCAUCUUAAAUUUCACUAGCUUUAUAUCCAUUCCAGUUGACCAAUUUGAUUUGUAUUGUGAAACAAUGCAUUUCUAAAAGCAGAAAAAUACAAUACUGGAAACUUUCACACCCUACAUAAGUUGGUUGGAUACCUUCAGUUAAAAACAGUGCAUGCCUAGGUUGCUUUAAAACUCUCAGUUUGAAAGCUUUCCUAUGCAGUGGGGAAGCCAUCCUGCACAAAUGGUUUCGUGUAUGUAUAUCCCUUAACUUGUAUGUAUGUCUUACAGGACACAUUAUGUCUGCAGAUUCCAAACAUAUGUUUGUCUUUAUUCCCUUUAUCAGUUAUAGUGACCAUCUAAUAAGUGAAAAAGUGAUAUUUCUUGGGAAACUUUUGUUGCAGUUGGAGAAGUUGGACAUGUAAACCUCUUGCUGCUCUUUUCUUCCAGAAGUGGUGUCGUGAUCACUGCUACAAGUAGACAAAAAUAGAACCUAACCCAUUUCAUUUAUGCCAGGAAUGGGGAGCUUAACAGAACAGUGCUCUCUGUGUUACAGGCUCAACUGUCCAGCCGGAAGCAAAUGUUUGAGUCUGUGGAGCUGGCGAGCCAAUCUGAAAUCCAUCACUUAACUAGCAAGUUGGAAAGGGCCAAUGACACUAUCUGUGCCAAUGAACUGGAAGUGGAAAGGCUGAAUAUGAAAGUGGAUGAUUUAACUUCUAGCAAUCAGAAAAUUUUGGAGGAACAUCAAAGAGUACUAGAUGAGCUGAAAGUUUCCCGGAACUCACUGGAGGUCUGUGAGUGAAUUGCUUGGAAGCAGGUUAAUAUACAGCUUGUAAUGGUAGUGGGCUGGCAAGUCACUAAUUAAAUAGGCUUCCUCCCAGCUUUAUCCUGAGCCUAAUUGAGAAGCAAUGUCUGAUAGGGAAGGGAUUGUUCCAAGUUGUCCUCCUCUUUGGGUAUAUGCACAAGCACAAUAGCUUGCUUAUUCUAAAAUCUUAAUCCCAUUUGUUGUAUCUUUGCAUCACUAAUUUCCAUCUUCUCCUCUGAAGGUUCUACAUGAAGAAAAGAUGGAACUUAGGGCCACUCUGCUCUCUCAGGAGGACUUCAUUAACAACUUGCAGAUGCAUAAAGAACAAUUACAGAAGGAAGUGUCCAAACUAACGGAAACCUUGCAAAACAAAGAAGCUUUUGUCAGGUAUGGGUCUUGGCAUCAAAACAUACCCAAAUUAUGCCCUUUGCCUGAAACCUAGAUAUUCCUAGAUAUCUAGGAAAAGUCUGUAGCACAUUUGUUUUUUCAACCCAACUGAAGAUAGAUAGUGAUUAGUAUUCAGCAUUUGCUAAAAACGUUAUUUAAAAAAAGGAAAAAGACAGGAUUAUAUCAGUCCACAACAUGAUUUAAGGUGGAUUUUCUAAAUGUUUCUUGGAGAGAGAAAGAGAAAAUAGAUUUUAUAUUUUUAACUGACUGUCAAUUAACUGUUGCCAGUUUGAGAGGCUUUCAGUGAGGCGUCAAAACAUCCAGUGGAAGUUACCAUAACCUACCUCUCCCUUUUGAGAACUGCUUCAGUAGGUUAACAAAUACACUUGCUAAAUUUAAUUGUUUGUUCUUGUAAUAGUAGAAUAAUGCCUCUGGUUAUUUAUUCUCUACACCACCAAUCCUACUUCUCUGAAUUAAAAAUUGCCACCGUAGUAAAUUCAUGCAUUUUGAAUUACAUUUUGUGAGGGUACACAUUGGCUCCUUUUAGGAUUUUGUACUACCGUCCAGUGAAAUAUGUGAAAUUUCAGCCAGACCAAAUGCAUUUAUUGAAUGUCUUAUUAUUUGUUCCUUUUAUAUUUCAAGGAUCCACAAAUUUUGACUGGCCUUGAUAAGCAAGGACACUUGUGUUUGACAUAGACCCCAUCUCACGUGGGGGAUGGGGUCUUGUCUCUUGGUAACAUACUGAACUUGAGGUAAUUGGAGAACAUUCAAAACCUAGCACAAAUGUGAGAAUUAGCCUUCUUCCCUUCUCAGAUGGUAUGGAAGGAGGCAAAAGCUUAUCCCUGUUGUGUAUCCUAAUCACUAGGAUGGAGUCAGUCACCAGAUCAUCUCUGGCAAGCAGAUAUAUGGACCUUUGCUUUAUUGUAUGACUUUAAAGUGUUUCAAUUCCCCCCUCCCCCCCCAAAAAACCCUCUUGUUGGAUGUUGGCUUUCAUAAGUUGAGCACUUUUCUUGGGCAGAAAUUGUAAGGUGGAUGAUAAUACUAGAAUAGAGUCAUACUUCUCAUCAUCCUUCCUUACCGAUUAACACCUAGAACACCAUUUUAAACUGUAAGAUCCUUGUGACUGAUAGUUACGACCUACUGAGAGUCCCUAAAUUACUGCUCCAAGCUUUAAAAAGGCAGUAGUAACUAAUUGACCUGCUUUUCUUGUAACACUAAGCCAAACCAUUGCUGAAAACAAAUGUGUGGUCUCCCGGAAAAGAGUGUGGCUGCUUCAUUUGUUCUUGAGUCCUCAUGCAAGGUGAACCAUGAUUUGGAUUAGUGUAUUGUCCAACCCAGGUUCUUUGUUUGUCUCCUUCAGACAAACCACAAGCUUUAACCAAGUUUUGUUUUUGAAUUACAGUUUGUGAUUUGUUUCGAGGAGACAAACCAUGAACCUUGAUUCGGAUGGCACACUAAGCCAAAUCAUGGCCUAUAUCACAACAGUAGCAGUAGCAGUACCAGUGGGGAAGCAAUAUUGCCACAAUCUCCCUUCUAGUUUGGUUUGGCUUAGCAUUACAUGUGAACUGGGCCAUAGCUCUGCCUGGCCAGAGCUUAAGGUGAGUAACAUGCAAGGGCUGUGCUGUUCCCUUUUUCAUUUGCAACGCUGAUGGCGAACAUGAUUAUUUCUUCCACGAAUAUUUCAUUGAAUGUUAAGUGCUUUUAAUUCAGAGUUGAGGUACUACUAUCUAUUUUAAUCAUAUAUUUAGCACUUCAGAAACAAGCAUUGCAAUAUCCAUCUGUGUUGUGGGUCUGUUUGCACAUCUACUAGAACUGGUGUGUCUGAUUUAAUUUGGAUGUCAGAAGGCUACAAUCUUCAGGAACUCACAUGUCUUCUUGUACAGGUCGCUGGAAGAGUGCCUGCAAAGCAGUGAAGGAGCCAAUGGAAUCUAUCGUAGCAGGACAGAGUUGGACAACAUACACUUGCAGCUACAUCAUCCUGAAAUUAUUCAUCUUGAGGGCAGGUAGAUGAUCAUUGCAGAAAUUUAUCCACCUUUACAAAUGAGUUUGAAUUUAGAAGAUAAGUUCUGCAUCUUUACCGUAGCAGCGGGCUCUAAUGGUGACUUAGAAAUGUCUAAACUUUUUAGUCAUUUAUUUAGGGUUAUAUGAAUAGGACAUCCUUACUUGGAGAUGCCUGACUGUAAUUUAAGACAUUUUUAUCUCACACAAAGGUCUAAGAAUCAUAUAUGCUUGCUAGGUGACUAAAAUUACAACUUCUCAUCAACUGUUGAAUUGUUGAGUGAGCAACAAGCUACCAAGGAAAAGUUUCUGUAACUUGGAUGUUGCUCAGUGGGAUUUGUGCAUCAGAUUUUUUUGCGGGGGCUCAGAUAAUUGCAAAAUGGCUGCCACUCUCCUCUCUGUAGUGACUUGCUACAAUAGUUUACAAAGUCUUUUGUGUUUUGCUGUGCUUGUACCAUUUUGGAAUAUAGCCUGGGUUCUGCAAAUACAAACCAUGCCCCGCUGAGUGAAUUGCUAACUGAGAAAUGCCGGGAACUGCAGCUGACAGAAGAGCACCUCUGCCAGGCUAAUGCUGAGAUAAAAAAGGUGAGGGCCUUUUGUGCAAAUAAAAGAUGUGCAGUGAUAUAUCAUUUUAAAAUAGGUUUGGGCACUGUAGGAAUCGAUGUUGUUACUGAAAACCCCAUUAUACCUAGUAAGCACCCUUGUUUUUAAUGGUUGCUUCUGAGUUUUGUCUAUGUAUUAGAUGUCAUCUGUGUAUUAAGUUAAGAAUUUUCUGUGAUGUGGCUUGAUGUUCAUUUUAGGGAUUUUUUUGUCCAUAGAUUGGAACAAACUAUGCAACAACCAGCUUCUUCAGUUUCUGUGUCUUAAGUCCUUCCCUCAAUUUUGUUUAAUAGCUCAGCCUGGUCCAAUGGCUAGGUCAGUGAGUAUUUCAUAUAGAAUGGAAAGCAAUUUUUUUUUAGUGUUCAGUUGUGUUCAGCAUUAGUUUUAAAUGGUGCUUACAAUUUGACUAUUUUCACCUAUCACCUUUUUUGAUGACAAAAAGUGGGUCCUUUACUCUUCUGACCUCUGCAUUUUGGUAAUAUUUUUAAAAAUACUUGUCUUAUUUGCACUUUUGUGUGCAGUAGAAGCUCAGGAACAGUCAGGGGGCAUUGUUAUAAUGUGAAUAAUUCAGUUUGCCUGUCCACUUGUGGGUAAUUUGCUAGUUUAUCAUUAAUCCCCUGAUUCAAUGAAAUACAACUGCCCUAAGAAUGCAGAAGAUCAAUGUAUACAGGCAGAACUAUUACACUGUGCAUUAGUACUGAAUGAAUUAUGAAACAGUGCUGCUCACUAGGAUCAAGUAGUGAGCAACUGGAGGACGUUGUGCUUCCAGAGAGCUUAGUAUACUGAGAUUUCUGAUAAUCAGUGAAAUGUUAACUGCAAAUUUUGUAUAUGUUUCUGUCUAGCUGAAGGAGCAGCCAUUGCACAAAGAACAGAGUCACAACAGUGAGUUAGAAGGAAUGAAGCAGGAGGUUGCUCAGCUAACACGGGAGCUUCACCAGCGUGACAUCACAAUUGCCUCAUCAAAUAGUUGUACUUUAAACUUGGAGCAGCAACUAAAAAUGGAGAUUGAAAAAGCAGAACGGAAGGCAGUGGAGCACAGGGUAAAUAGGCUGUUAUCCCUCAAAAUGUUUUGAUGUAUAGCAAUUAGAGCAGGGGGUUGCCAACCUUUAUGGAGCAAUGGGCACAUCUUGCAUUUUGAAAGAGUGCUGUGGGCACCAGUCACAACAUGCCUGCCAUGGGAGGGGUGGCAUAACAAAAAAUUUGUGCAGUCAUGGUGAAGCUUUUUCUAUAAUUGUAUUUCCAUACUGGAAAAGGCUAAGCCUUUUCCUCACAGCUGUUAAAGGCACAAAAAGUCUGGUUUUCCCCAAUGCCAACCCCAACCCAUAGCCUAAAGUGCCUCAUUAAACACAUGUAUACCAUUGUACUAUAAGUAGACUAUGCAGUAAAUUCUUAACGAGUCCCUGGUUUUUAGCUUCUCUGCAGGUAGGAGACAUGCCUAAGCCUCUUUCAUAAAGUUUUCACAUUUGCAUUUGGCAGAGGAGUAGAGAUUAUUUAAUAUUAGAAAAAAUAAUAAUUUCUAGGGCAUACCUAAUCCCAGAUGAACCCACUGCAGAAAAGAUGUAGCUUGGUGUGGCGUUCAUACAGAGCCCCCAGUUGUUUCACGGACUAUUGACCUGCACACCACUACUAUAUUCUUCCGCUGCCACCAAUUUUGUGGGAAAAACCCAGGGUUCCCCGGUGAAGUAUUGAGUCUCAGUCAGGUAGAGUUAACAAUGAAGAUUAAAGUUUAUUUCAAACACAAACAAGUUUUAAAAUAUUUUUGAAAAGCUGUCAGUCUAUUCCCUCACAAUCAUGUCCCUGUCUCUAACUCACUCUGACUCCUCUAUCUCCCCCCCAAAAAGAACCAACCGAACUAACUGUCAAAACCUCUGGGCUGAGCCUCAAAAUCAGGUAGGCUCCACCCCCAGGCUUUCUUAUUGGUCAACCUAUUAACCCUUUCUCUCCCCCAAUACAAACGUAUCCCCAAAGAAUGGGCAAACACCACACUUGGUUACUAGGGAAAAAGGAAAGGCAAACUAUGGAAAGUCUGAGGUCUCAAAAAUAACACAGAAGCAGAGAGGCCACUAAAGGAGAGAAGGAAACAGCUGCUCUUUGGGACCCCAGGGAGAGCUGUUGCCUGGUGUCCAAACAACUCAUUUAUGAACUACAGCUCUCAUGUAUUCAUUGGCAAAAACCACUACCAGCUGGGAGUAGCCAGGCUGGCUAAUUUCAGAGAAAUUGCAUAGAAAGCUGCCUGUACAUUUUGAUUUAUAACUUCCUAGGAUGGCUAGAAACUUAUUUUUUAAAAACAAAAUAUCAGAGUCUUGGGGCCCUGCCUGUGGGUUACUGAUGAAGAAGGCUUUUGCAGGAAUGAUGGCACCCAUGGGUGCCUGGUUGGUGAGCCCUGCAUUAGAGGAAACCAUAUGUUGUGGGAUGACACUUCUUUGGUUGCAUGUAUGUUCCAGACCCUUUAGCUGUAUUGGCACCACAUUUUCAGAGUUAGCUAUGAGGGCUAGAAACUUGCUAAGAUUAAGGUUGCAAUUCUCAGAUUAGCACAAGUUUAUGGGCUGUAUGGUUCCUCCAUGUGAAAUAUACUAACAGGAAAAAAUGGUAACUUCUCCCCAUCCCCCACCCUGUCACUUCAGGCUGUUUUGUCGCAGUUGGAAUCUCUUAAGCAAGACAAUCACCAGCUCUCAGAAAUUCUUCAGAAGGUAAGUGUCUGGUGUGAUGGGAUGUGCUAUUUGAAGUGUUGUGCACUUGUAGUCUCUCUAGAAAACACUUGGCUUUUGUGUGUGUUGUGCAGGCAAGUGCAUCUUUCAUAUAUUUAUACAAAGCUUUGAAAGGUGAUUUGAUAUUUUUAUACUGAAGCUUGCAGGUUAAGUCACAGUGGGGUUUAAGUGAAAUUGGUGAGACUUACUUCUGACUAAACAUCCUAAGUGUUAGGAUAGAAAGAUGGACAGAUUGAACUAUGUAUAUUUUAUUUUCUGGGCCCACUAGGUGUCAGUGCAAUGUUAGUGAAGGAGAGUAUAAAAUGAAGCAUUGCAAUAAAUGUUGACAUUCAAAGCCUGCUCCACACAAUGUUUUGAUUGAACCCCUACACAUAGUUAUAGUAAUUUGAAGCCCAUCCACAUUGUCACAGAAAAAUUGUGCUGUCUCUUCUCAGUAAUAAGAACACUGUUGCACAUGAUUUCCCCUGAUGAAUGUUGCUGAACUGGUGGAACUUGUUUUCUGCACAUGGCUGCAGCAGACAGAAUUGUCUCAUAUUGGUGAUUAAAGUGGGCAUAUCAGAGGGUGGUGUCUUCUUGUGCCCCUCCCCACCCCAGCCCAUAAUUUAAGCUCUCUGGAGAAAACAAGCAUUUGAGAACAAAACAUUGAAAAUUGAAUACUAGUGAAGAUUUGUCUAGGGCAUUUAAUUUUAGUAGGUAUUAAGAAGAAUACAAUUUGGUUUGUGUUUAUAAUCAAGUGAGAUAAUUUGGCUGUUCAGACAUUGUACGCGCGCGCGCGCACACACACACACAGUCUCUUCUGUACCUUGUGAGGCAACGUGUGAGCCUUGGGCUUCCUUCCAUCUCUUUUCCCACUUUUGUCAUUAUGGGGAGAAGUGAACCAAAUUGAUCCUGUGUUAGUUUGAACAUGGGAUCUCCCUAGACUUUGGAAAAUCUCCUUGUUCAUGUGUUCAUUUUUAGAACAGAUAGGGUGAACAGGGCAGCAGCUCAUGAGUCCAAUAGCCCUCCACAUAGAGGGGUGGGAGUUAUGUCCCUACAACCUCCAUGGGGAGUUGUUCUGAGUUUGAUUUUGUUCUUCAGUUUACAUAUGUAUUCAUAUUUUGAAAUGAAAUUAAUCUAGAUCACAUGUUAUAAAAUGUGUUUCAAUGUUUUGAUGUGAUGAGAAACAAAUGGUACAGGUUUGAUAAUGUUCUGUGUCUCCACUUGAAAAUACAGAAGGAAAUUUCACUUGAAAAUCUUGAAGGACAUCUCAGCAUUUGCAGAUGUGUUGCAGCUCUUGCAAGCUGAUUAGAAUAGGGAAGUGAAGGAGACUGGGUAGAGAUUGACUGAGUUAAAUGAUCUUACUAAGGGAAAUUACUGAGCUAAAAACUUGGUAUUUUAAAAAUGGAUGUGUUUGCUCAGUGUUUCUCAGCUGACAUCAGUUACGCUCUGAUCUGUGUGUGCAUGCGUGGUUGGAUUUCUUGGUAAUGGAUCUUGGACUCGUGACUCUAGAGGGGUCAGUCCCAGCUGGUUAUUUAAGCUUUUCUCUGCAGUUGGCAAAUACACUAAUCACACAGCGGUUUCAAAUGAAUGGAGUGUCAGGAGAUUUUUUGUAUAUCCAGGUACAAGCAGGCAGUCCCAUUGGCUUUGGUGUUAGUGGCGAGCUAUGCAGCUGGAACACAUUUAAUGUGACUGACGUUUAAGUGAUCACAAAUUGGUCUUGAAGUUCACACCCAAUUGAGAUGAAUGAGGGAAGCUUGUACCUAUGUAGUUCGGUCUUUCUAGAUGUAGACUCUUUCAGACAGCUGGUGAUUGAUUUACGCUCUGAAGGGAUUUUUUCCUAGUAGAAGACUUGGAAAAUUUACUUCUUAAAUUUGCAAUACAAAAUCAAACUUUCUAGGGAAAGCUGGGCUGGUGAACAAACACAGCAGCGCUGACUAAAGCAUUUCUGUCACCUUAAGGGAAAAAGUGCCCCCCUGGCAGAAUUCCAGGAAAGUUAUACCAAAGCCCUAAAUAAGGUGGAAUCUGAAAACCAGCGAUUAUUGAAAGAACUAGCAGAAACUAAAGCCAGCCUGGAAGCCUCGUCCCGCAGGUCUCAGGGCAGAUAUGAGAAUAUCAUGCAGCAGAUGCAGCAGCAGAUGACUGAGAUAAAGAAUGUGGAAAGCAGGUAAGAUCUAUGUGUUCAACAGGUUUUUCUCUUGUUCUGAUGAAUUGUUUACAAUGGCUGAAAUCCUAGUAUAGCUUGACGACUAUGGUGUUCUGAAGAGUCAUUCUGCUGUUACACCUUGAAGUCUCUGUGCACUGCAUGUGUUUCCCCCCCUGGAAUUGAAAACAGUUUGUUCCUAAACGUUCUUGCAUAAUAUUUGCAGCUGAGAAGAGCUGGUCUGUAUUGAGUGAUUUUUUUUUUUUUUAAUAAUCCAUGUUCAGGAGACUGCAAGAGCUGCAGUGUAAGCAUGAAGAAGAAAUGAGAAUACUUCAGGAUAAAUAUGACAAGACUGUUCAGCACUAUGAAGAAGAAAUUCAAAAGGUGCAGCAUUUGUCAACCAGAAGAGUUUUUAGUACAGCUGAUGGACUGUCACCCCAGAUUAGCAGGAGCAACUCUGUUGAAUCCUUGUCCUGUGAUCCCCUUCUGAGAUCAGAUUCCUUGCCACAUGGAAACAGUGAAUUUACUUAUAUGUUAGGCAAGAAUGAGAAAGAACUUCUAUCUUUGGUAAGCAUGAAACAAAGUGUCACACCAAGUUAUAUGCAGAAUCCAUUAGAUGCCUAAUGUAAAACCACUACCACAAAUGUUUGAUGUGUGUGUUACUCAGACUAGACAAAUCUUAUUUGAAAAAGUCUUCCAAAUGCCAUAAAACCUCUGUUCAAAUGAAGAUUGCAAGGAUUCUGUAGUAGGACACCAGGUGGCAGCAGCUUGUUGACAAGAGGCAUAGAAAGGGGUGUCCCAAGUUCAACUGAAUUGUUCCUUGUCUCCAUGCAGACCAAAGCGGAUUCCACUGCCCCUCUUCAGUUGACUUGCUGCUUAUCAAAGCCUGGGCUUAAGAUUGGAUGAAAGCAUGGGCGAACAGGGAGGGCUUGUUCAUAGGUCCUACUUCUCUAUCAUUUCUUCCCAAUUCCCUGUGCUUUCUUUGCUAGUGGUUUGCAUGCACGCACAUGGCAUGGUGAGAUUGGCCAACGCUGCGCUAGCAGUGAGUUCGUUGCUGGCAUGCUGCAAUCCCUUCUAUGGAUAAGCAGCUCUUUAUCAUGCCUACCUCUCUCCUAGGAAAGCUGUAAACAACAUUCACACCAAUACAUUCAAAGUACUGCAAAUCCACUUUGAACAGUCACAGCUUCCCCUAAAGAAUUCUGGGAGCUAUGGUCCCUUUACAGGUUUUCACAGUGGUUUAACAACCAACCCCCUUUCACAGGGAACUCUGGAAAUUGUAGGUCUGUGAAGGGAUAGAGGUUUCCUAACAACUCUUAUUACCCUUAACAAACUACAUCUCCCAGAAUUAUGGGGGACGUCAUGUCUGUUUAUAAUGUUUUGAAUGUGUGGUGUGAUUGUGGCCUUAGACAUUAUAAUGGUAGCUCUUGCAAUGGAGAACCAUGUGGAAGUGGACACACUGAAGUGGGUGGAAUAGGAUUUGGUGCCUGCAAUGUCUAGUAUUGAGAAAACUGAAACAUUGAUAUUAAGUUGUUCCUAUAAUAUGAGCUAUUGAUACACUCAGGUGCAAUGUAGGUCUUUAGUACAGUAGCUCCAGAAAAGGCAGCAUAUGUCCUCUUACACUUAUACAGUUUCUAUUGGUUGUGUAUUUAGGGUUUAACUCAACUAAGGACUUCUCCUUGUGUAACAAGGCUUCCCCACCUGCAAUGACCCCAAAAUUGCCUUGAGGGCAUAUGGGAGAAACCCCAGAACAUGCGGAGGGAGGAGAGGUGGGGUUCAUUCUGUCUGACAAGCUGAAAUACUUGUGCAGACAGAACGAUUAGAAGUGUGUGACAUUGAAUUCCACCCUAUAAUUUUAUUUUUGAAAGAUGUGACUCCUUGACCAUAGCUUGCUGAGGUAUAUUGAGAAUCUUGAGGGGAGCAUGAAAGGCUUACAGUUCAAUCCUAACCUUGUUUAAUCAGAAGUCAGCCCCAUUUCUGUGACUUGAAAUCCUAAAAAUAUUUGAAUUAACUUCAGUGUUUUAAAGGCAAAUAAUAAUUACUAGAGUUUUCAGUCAUGAUUUCUAAUGUACAACUUCAUCACACCCAAUUUAAGCUCAAUAGAUGAAAGCUUAGGGGGUGGGUGGGUGUGCUUAAAAGCAAACUAUAUUGAAAUAAUUGAGAUUUAAUCGCCAAGUUAACAUGUUUGGAUGAUGGUGUAAGCCAAAUACUAGCCAAAUAUCAUAUAAUCCAACAUUUUCACAUUUUUCAGGGUUAAAUAUAUACCAACAGUGCUGAGAUGAUGCUUUGCUUAGGGGAUUUCUAUCCAUAGAUGCAGUUAAAUAGUAAAAUGUAGCAAUAGGCCAGAAAUAAUCUUCUGGUUGAGUCCUGUUCAACAUAUAUGUUUUAUUUUUAGAGCCCGUUGCCUACAACAAACAUUGGUGCGAUUGCUGUCAAGUUCUUGGAGGAGGAAGAAGAAAGAUCUCAACAUAUCUUAGAACGCUUAGAUGCACAUAUUGAGGAGUUGAAAAAGGAGAGUGAAAUGACAAUACAGCAGUUCAAACACCAAAAGUGA